GUUGAUCCGUACUCUUCUAGUCAUAGCUGACGAACCGUUUGAUUACAUGCCUAUCCCAGCAUCCAGCAUACUUAGCUCAUAUGAAACUGCUGUAACAAACUACUAAUGACUAUUAGCUGCUCUGAAUAUAAUGCCGUACGAGUAUACGACCAGCCAGCAGAUAUCUUGUGUGAUUGUGUUGCUGCUACACUUAUAACAUAAAUAACACGCUACAAAACUUUGGUCGGUCUCCUGCUCAGUCUGCUUACUACAGCUUGGAUUGCGCGAUACUGUUUGCUGCACUUCAGCAGGUAAGGCCCAAAAAACGCUUACUGGGAGAAACCAAACUGCAGUCAAAUUCUUGUUCAAUCUAUUCUAGUUCAAUCUGCACCAAAAGAAAUUGUCAUUUGUGCUGAUGAUCCAGUGGUGCAGGCAGCAGCAACGAACGGCAGAUGGCGCCACGUUCUCCUCCAAAAUCCAAAUUCGCGGGGGGCUCCCUUCCACCCGCGGGAGCACCACCUCCUCCUUUCCCUCGCGAUUUCGCAAACCAAAACCGUUUCUAUUUCUGAAAUAGAUCAGCAAAACCCCAAAUUACCCCGAUUCGCACAGAAAACCCUACGAAUUCCGGAACACUGAUCCCCUCCCUCCCAUCCCGAUGGCCGACGCCGACGCUCUGGCUGCGCCAUCCUCCCCCGCCCCGCCGCCGUUCCAGCCGAUGUCGGACGCAACUCCAUCCGCGGCCGGAACCCCAAAUCUGCCCGACACCCCCGCCUCCGCCGACCCCGAGACCCCCUUCUCGGACGCCGCGCUCGCCGAUGCCUCCGAUGCCGAUGCCUCGGGCGUCGCCGCGCCACCCGACGCCCCCGCCGCCGUGGACGACGGGAUUAACCCGUUGGGCGCCAUGAAGCACAUGACCCUCGCGCCCCCGGCGCCGCCGAGCAAGAAGUCCAAGAAGAAGAACAGCAACAGCGUCUGGACCAGGCCGGCCUCCCGCAAGGGCAAGAAGAAGGCCAAGCAGCCGGCCAACGCCCUCGCCGGCGGCAGCGGCGGGGCCGGCGGCGGCCGCCUCCCUAGGCCCUCCAGCGGCGAGGAGGAGCUCGUCCUCACCCCGGCGCCCCGCUUUGCGGCCGAGCGCAACGACGACGCACCCGAUUUGCCCGUGCUCCUCUCGCGCGUCUUCAAGUCCGACAAGGUCGAGGUCUCCGACGACCGCCUCACCGCCGGCAGCACCAAGGGCUACCGUAUGGUGCGCGCCACCAGAGGCGUCGCUAUCGGCACUUGGUACUUCGAGAUCAAGGUCCUUCACCUCGGCAGCAGCGGCCACACCCGCCUUGGCUGGGCUACCAACAAUGCUGACCUCCACGCACCCGUUGGCUACGAUGUGUUUGGAUUCGGGUACCGCGACCUGGAUGGUACCAAGGUGCACAAGGCCUGGAGGGCCAAGUAUGCUGACCAAGGCUAUGGCGAGGGCGAUGUCCUUGGAUUCUACAUCCAUCUGCCUGAUGGAGAGCUGUAUGAGCCUAAGCAGCCUUUCCUGGUUCACUACAAGGGUCUGCCUUUCCGUGCAGAGGCUCCCAAGGCGACUGAGCAGAAGACGCCGGAUCCAGUUCCUGGUAGCGAGAUAUGCUACUUCAAGAAUGGGGUAUGCCAGGGCACGGCUUUUGUGGACAUUCCUGGAGGGCGGUACUAUCCAGCUGCGUCAAUGUAUACACUGCCUGACCAACCAAACUGCGAAGUCAGAUUCAACUUUGGUCCCAAUUUUGAGUUCUUUCCAGAAGAUUUUGGAGGUCGAUCAGUUCCUCAACCAAUGAGCGAUGUGCCUUAUCGACCGUUUGCUUUGGCGAAUGAGGGGCCUGCGGAAAACGGUACUGCUGAAAAAACCAUUUAACUGCAGUGCUAAUGCUGCUUUAGUUGUGUAGAACAUUGCUCCUGUAAUCCGGUUAAACAGCGCACAGGCUGAUGGCUAUAGCUGGUUUAGUAAUUUAUCUAGUUUGAUGCGUGUUAUAGUUGUUGGAAAUUUGUCCCUUGA